UGAUCAUUUUUUUUAAAAAAAUAGUAAAUCACAUAAUUUCUUUAAAAAUGUAGUAACAUAUACACUCAUUUAAAUUUGAAAGCUUCAAAUUAAUAUCAAAAGUGUAUCGAAAAAAUACUAGCAGUUAUUAAAGGUCACCUUAACGAACUCUAUUAUUUUGAUUUUAGUUUUUUGGCUGACAAUAUUUCAGUGCAAAAUGUUCGCCAAUAAAGCGGCAAAAAGCAACAACUUGGUCACCAACACUCAACAGAAAUUCAAAGCACAGCUCAAGUUCAACGAGAAAUCGUUUCGCAAUGGCGGCUUUGAAUCUGCGUCCGGCCUCUUGCGAAAAUCCGGAAGUCAAUUGAAACAGACAAAACUGAGUCUUUGCCAGCGAGACAAUAAGCUAAUUUUUUCGGGAUUUGUAGAAGAGCCCUUAAAAGCCAAGUCCAAGCUUGAGUUUGGCGACGAGCCAAAUGUAAAAGUCAAAGCAGAACCGGCGACAACGUUAUCAACCGCACCAAUGUCAAAGCCCGGUCGCAAUUUGCUAAGUCUUAUUGGACGCGUGGACUUUUGCAUUAAAAUGCAGAGAACACAGCUGAAUUUGAAUGCGAUCUGGAAUGUCUAUGGUAAUCUGUUGCGCAUUAUUGAGGGCAAACGAGGAGAGCGCACAUUGCUGUUGCGAAACGAUGACAAUGGACCAAUUCUUCAAAGCAUCUUCUAUGACUUUGCGGGUGAAUUGGAGUCACUCUCUAAUGGCUGUUACGUCCAUGUUGUGGGACGCUUCACAGGUGAGAAUCGAUUAAACACCUUUAGCGUGGCACAGGUAAGCAUUGCAGAAUGGCAACUAAAUUUUUCACGAAUUGAGAACCUGACCUCAUACUUAUUAAUGCAAAAUAUCAUUCACAAGUAGAUUUAUUAUUGCUUUGACAUAUUUCACUUUGUACUUUCACAUAUAUAUGUAGGUUAAAUAUAUAUUAUAUUAGAAUGUAAUUUAAUAAUCUAGGUUUAAUAAUGUAUAUUAGUUACCGCAUAGAUUUCAUUUAUCUAGUUUCAGACAUUUUAAGUUAGCUUCUUUAACUUCUAAAUUUUUCAAUUCAUUUAAGAAUAUGUACAAAUGUAUUUGGUUUCGCUUUAAGAGCAUUGCACAAUUAAUAAUAAAUAAAUAGGCGCCCUGCCUGGGACGUGUGUAUAAACAAAAAAAUGGACAGGAUUAAUAACUAAUACUGAUGUUUAACCAAGCUACAUAAACAGGACUUGCUACAAAAUACUACAAUUCCAAAUACAUCAAGAGAGUUACAAUAACUCCCGAUCCCAUUGCCAUCAUGUAGCUUAAAUCCAACGUGUGCUUUAUGCCCGUGCUGCGAAGAGAAACCAUAGAUUAAUGAAAGAAUCUACCAAAUGGGUAAAGCAAUAAUUACCGCUCCUUAGACCAGAAGAAAUGGGGAGCAGGUGGAUUUAUUCCUGGUACCGCACUAUCCAUAAAAACAAUGCCAUAGAAGAAGGCACUGACGAGGAAACCACACAACAGUGGGCGCAGCUUGGAGCCCAGUUGGUGUUCCCGACACCAUUCCAGAGAAGCGCUUAGCUGAGUUUGCA